GUGUGUUGUUUUCGUUGGGUUUUUUUCUAGCUUCCGCUUACCGUUACUGCUUGCAUGGUACUGGAUUUUGGGUUCAGUGAUUGGACGCUUCUUGCCGAAAUGAUUCUUGGGAGUCGUAGUUGACUUCUCCAUUUGCGUUGUUCGCACAGGUUGUUCGGUAUUUGCAACUUUAAUUUUUGUCUUUUUAGUUAAGGAACCACAUAUUCUAAGUCACUUGGCCAAACAAUAAAUUGUAACGUUACAGUCUUUAUUUUUAUUUUUAUUUAUUUAUAUCAAACAGCAAUACAAUGCACAGUUACAAAGAAGAAGAAACGAGUUACAGAAAGAUAAACAAUGCAAAACAAAUAGAAGUAAAAUAAAAUUUAAAAAAAUAAUAAUAAUAAUAAAUAAAAUAGAAGAAUAAAUAAAUGGAAAAGAAAGAAAACAAAAAAUAAAUAAUGAAAUAAAAUAAACAAAGGCAAAAAGAAAAAAGAAAUUUAUAAGAAAAUAUGCAUCAUCAUCCUUGUUUUUGUGAUCAAAACAGCCAAAUAUGACAUCUUUAUAAUGCAAAGUAAAACCAGUGAAAAUAUAUUUGAAUAUAUAUAUAAUAAGGAAGCUGAGUUGGGUCUGGGGGUGACAUAAUCAAAGGUAAAGAAACAUCGUUCAAUCUGAAUAACAUGUUAAAGCCAGAAGGAAUAGCAUCAAAUACAAUAGAGAAUUAUUUUGGGCUUACAGGGAUUUUAUACUUUGUGAGAAAUUCUGCAUAACUGUAUAAAAGGCAUUCUUUAUUAAAGAGCUGACUGACCAAAAUAAUAGCAUUAUUAAACCAUCUAUCAUGAAAUGAAGUCUUGUUCUUAUAAACAAUGUUGCAGUUCUUCUAUAUGUAACAUAUCUAUGGAGAGAACUUGUGCUUGUAAAGAAGAGCCCAAGCCAAAAGAGCCUGUUGAUGGAAUAACGUUACAGUUUGAUGCUCGAACUGUCUGUCAACUGACGUUUUAUUCAGAAUUUAAAGUAGCCCCUCCCACUGUCGAACGCUCAGUUUACUAUCUCCAUGGUUACGUUGCUAAAUGCCGCAUUCAAGGCACUGUCUGGGCUAAUUUAUUGGAUAAAAACGUUUUUUUAUACUGAAAUAAGAAAAUGAGCGUAUCUGUCACUCGCACACUUCCUAAGAAAAAUGAUACUAGUAAAGUUGUUAUGCGUCAACGGACUUAUGACCACUUGUAUGAUCCAGUUUACACGGUGUCAUCGGAGGUUGACCAUGCCAGGUCCAGCUUCAAGGCCUAUAUGUCUAAGGACAGAGUUAGGAGAGUGCCUGAAUUUGGGUCAAUGUUCAGUAACCUGCCCCACCACCCACGGUAUACUGUUCAACUGGACCCUGCCGAUCCAAUACCACCCUCUAUUGAUCGUCGGUGGCGGGGCCACACUGAACAGCGCAAAGAGGCACUGCAGCAGCUGGCAGGGGUUAUUCCAAAUGCUCAGUCAUGGAUGAGAAGGGAGGAGUGCCAUGUGACCGGAGCUGAUCGUUGGAAAUAUUUUAAACGCCCUCUGAUACCCUUUGCACAGCAGCUUGCCCCGGAUGUGAUUUUUGCAUUGCCUAAAGAAGACUUUGUAUCCACUGAUGAAGCAAAUGCCAAGAAACAGCCCACCCACUUCACAGUUGGGGUCCAGACGGACUACAGGGAAAGUGAAACACAGACAGACCCGUACAGCCCUGAGUAUGUGGUGCAACCUGGGACAACUCCCUCAGAGCUCCUGCAACUGGCUGCUUUGAGUUGGGGUCGUGGUCUGCCUGCAGGCCUGGCAGAAGUGGAAAUGAUCAGUCGGGCACGUGCCAAACGAGCUUGGGAGGCCACCCUACCUCCAUUGGAUGAUCUAAGUCAGCUGGAGAAAAGGAGACGUAUGAUGGAAGAAAUGGAGGUCAAUGAGUGGGCUUUCAGAGAAGGCGAAAUCCAGAAGUUGCAAGAGGCUCGUCUUGCCGUGCUGAAGGACCUCUUGAGGCAGAGAGACGAGGCCCAGAAAGGAGUCACAAAUGAGAGACUGAACCAGAUAUAUCAUAAGCUCCAAAAAAAGAAAGAGACCAAGCUACGCAAGAUUCACAAUGACUACACCAGGUCACUGAGGAAACUGGAACUUAAGAGCAGAAAUGAGGGGCAGAAGCUAGAGCAACAUGGCAUUGUCAAAAACUAUUCAGAUUCUCAGACAUAUGCCCCUCGGAGCUGCAGGGAUACAUUUACCAACAGGAACAUCCGCAACAACAAGUUUCAAAGCCACUACUUAGACACAUAUGAAGGUUUGCAAGAGUUGGAGGCAGGACUCCCUGCCCUAGCCAUUAAGCCAAAGGUAAAAAGACCUAAACACAAAGUCAACGUCAACCAGAAUGUGAUCCUGCCCCCAAAGAGCAGAGAGGUUGAACUGAUGGAGAAAUACAAGGCCCUGAGGGAGGAGGAGAACCAGCAAGUGACCAAAAAGUCUUCACGUUUUCUGGUAAAGAAGGAGAUGCCUGUUCCUCGUCCUGCUACUCCCAGAGUGGAAGAGCCACCAGAGGGGGAUGAGGAGAUAGAGGUUGCAGUAAUCCACUUGCAGAAACUAAUGAGAGGAAGAAGCAUUCAAUACAAGAUGUUUAAGGGCAAGGAGAACUAUCUGGACCUCAUUCAGGAACUGAGGACUGUCCACGCCCUGCAGAAGGAGGAGCAAGAGCUACAGAAAGCUGACAAAGAACUCACAAUGAGCCUUAAAAAACAGAGUGACAAACAUACACAAAAGACCUCUCAACAGGAGGCAGCUCAGGCCAGCGUGGUAGGUGCAGAGCUUGAACACGUGUUCGACACAUUGUCCAAGCAGCUGAUUCAUAUUCAGGAAGAGCGUAGGAUCCACGCAUUCACACUACUGGCUGAGAGAGACCGGCGCCUACGAGAGGCAGAGGAGAGUGGGAGGAGACAGGUGGAGGAGCGCAGACGCAAAGAAGAAGAUGAGAUCUUCAGACAAGUGGUGCACGUACACCAGGAAACUGUGGAUUUGUAUUUGGAGGACAUCAUCCUCGGGACCUUGGAGCAGACAGCUGACCAGCAGGCCAGAGAGGAGAUCCACAGGAAGGCAAAGGAGGUCAACGACAUCGCUUAUGCCAUGGAGGAAAGCCGUAAUAAUCUUCAGUCGGAGGAGAUUGUGUCGGAGCUGGUUUACAGCUUCCUCAUCCCAGAGGUCGAGAAGAUCACCGUCAGACAAAGAGUGCACCAAAGGCAGCAUAGACACUUGCAGGCAGUUCGAAGCAUUACUCAAGGGACUUCAGAGGUCCUUCCUAGUACUCUGGUGGCCUCACAGUUCACCUGUCCCUCUGAGAGAGCCUCCAACCAAGUCCUCGAGGAGAUGAUCAGCAAAGUGGAGCCAGAGCCAACACCAGAUUCAAACUGAGUGAAGAAGAGAUGACAUAAAAUAUAAAAAGUGUACUGAGAUGCAGUCUGAUGUCUGAAUUUGCUGUGGAUAUUAUUAAAGUAUACG